AGUUGUGCUAAGAGGCUGGGUCUGGAGGUAAACACCUCCAACAGCAAGUUGUGCACCAAACACCUGUUUAAGCUGGCACUGCGGCUGGUGAAGAUGUUCAACCUACAGCUGGAAAUGUUUCCGGGGCUGGCAUCUCAGAGGCUGUGCGUCUGUCUCCACCAUCUCCUCCGAAUGAAAUACAUUGACGGAACCAUCACCACGGGAAACAUGGCUGACUUGGUCGGAGCAGCUGCCAGGUCUCACCCAGGCCUCCCGCAGCUGUUGGUGAGAGAGCUCGUCAGACUCGGAGAGAGCCAAGCAGCUGCCCACUGGGCCGUUGAGUACCACAUACCGACCCACACUCUCCCUCUCGAGGUCCAGAUACUCGUCAUGACCAGUGGCACUAGGUAC